AUGAGCGGCAUCUCAGUGGGACCCAGUUAUGAUGUUGAUGAGCUCGACAGGAGAGAGCGCAAGCGGCUUCAAAAUCGCAUGGCCCAGAGGAUAUAUCGCCGCAACCAGAAGCAACGACUGCAAGCACUAGAGGCUGCGGUUGCUAAUACUGCUGCAGUGAACCGACUCACACCUCCAGAAAGCGUAUUUCAGGAUUCAAGGGACGAUUUGCACGCGAGCCACAUCACCGAGCAACCCCGACGGCCGUGCGAGGAUCGGGACAGCGCGGAAGAUACAUCUGCUUGGAUCGAAAUUCUUGAUGGUCCCUUCAAUGAGCCCAUGACAGCUUCAUCGUCACCACCAUUGCGAACAGCACUUCAUCGUGCCGUAUGUAACGGCAAUGACUCCAUGAUACGAAUUUUGCUCGACAAUGGCGCCGAUAUAACCAAGGUAGAUGAGAAUGGAAAUUCGAUCUUGCAUUUGGCAGCCGAAUGUGCCAAUGAAGAGACCAUAAGCAUUCUGCUUUCAAAAGGUGGAGACCCGAAUGGAAAGAAUUAUUUGGGUCGCACAGCGCUAUUCUCAGCUGCACAGGUGGGAAACGAUGCAGCAGCCAAAGCUCUCUUAGCGCAAUCCUCGCCCAUCAUUGACAUCAAUUGGAGAGAUAGUGCAGGAAUGGUCGCUCUCCAUCUGGCGGUGGACAAUGGCUUUGAGUCCAUGACAAGAUUGUUGCUAGCGAAUGGUGCAAACGUGAAUGCAUGA